ACCAUGCUUCUUUUAGAACCAGGAGAAAUAUUUUUUGAAGAUUAUAGUGUUCAAAUGAAAAUAUUUGAUAUUCCUACUUCAGAAGAACAAAAAUGGAAAGAUGGAAGAUUAAAAUUAUGUUCAAAAUCUUUAGUAUUUGUAAAUAAAGAUAUUAAUCAACCUUUAAUUAAAAUUCAACUCAAAGAAAUUAUAGCUAUUGAUCAAUAUCAAUCCAACAAUGAUACAACAAAAUGUGGCAAUACAUUGUUGGUUCAAUGUAAACAGUAUGUGAAGAUGUUAGAAAAAAAUAUACUUGCGCCAUAUAAAUUCAUACAUGAAAAUGUUACUUUUCACAUCUAUUUUAAUUAUGCAAAGAUAGAUGAUUGUCUUCCACAAAUUCUGCAAUUAUUCAGAGCAGCUACUUUACCAACUGCUGAACAAAAUGCUAUGAUUAUGGCUAUUGUGCAUUCUCGACAAUCUAGAGUAUCAUUUGAUACAUCAUGGUUAGAAGAUUUAUAUGAACAAGUGGUAUUAGAAACUCAAGCCAGUAAAGUGUUGCCUCUUGUUAUAAAUCCAGGAAGGAUACUUUUAACAAAUUCAAGAAUUUACUUUCAACCUUAUAAUAAUUUAGAUCAACAUCCUGUUUUAAAAAUACAACUGAAAGAUAUUAUUAACAUUAUUAAAAGACGAUUUCUUUUAAGCCAAAUUGGGCUUGAAAUUAAGUGGCUACGGCAACCAGAAAAUAAGGUUGAAUAUUUAUUUAUAUCAUUAAAAAGUCAAAGUGACAGGGAUGAAUUAUACACAAAUUUAUUAAAUCAACCUACAAUGUCUUUAGAAAAAGUACCACAAGAUCAAAUGACUAUGAGAUGGCAAAAUGGUUCUUUGUCAAACUAUGAUUAUCUUUUAUAUAUUAAUAGUUUGGCAGAUAGAACUUUCCAUGAUUUAACUCAAUAUCCAGUUAUGCCUUGGGUUUUACAAGAUUAUACAUCUACUACACUGGAUUUAAAUGAUCCUGGUAUUUAUAGAGAUCUUACAAAACCUAUUGGAGCCCUUGAACAAGACCGAUUAGAAAGAUUAGAGGAACGAUAUUUAGAAAUGUCAGAACCAAAAUUUUUGUAUGGCUCUCAUUAUAGUGCCCCAGGAUUUGUAUUAUUUUAUUUAGUACGAAAGUAUCCUCAGUACAUGCUUUGUCUACAAAAUGGAAGAUUUGAUCAUCCAGAUAGAAUGUUUAAUAGUGUAGCUGACGUAUGGAAAAAUGUUUUGGUGAACAUGUCUGACUUUAAAGAACUGAUCCCGGAAUUUUAUGACACAAACAAUGGUGGUGAUUUUUUAGUAAAUAGUUACGGUAUUGAUUUUGGUUAUCGACAUGAUGGAACAAAAAUAGGAGACGUGCAAUUACCACCAUGGGCAAAUGGACCAGCUCAUUUUGUACAAGUAUUAAGAAAUGCUUUAGAAAGUGAUUAUGUUUCUCAAAAUCUUCAUCAUUGGAUUGAUUUAAUUUUUGGAUAUAAACAGAGGGGAAGUGAAGCAGAAAAAGCUAAUAAUGUAUUUUUCCAUUUAUGCUAUGAAGGAGCAGUAGACUUAGAUACUAUUCAGGAUAUUAAUGAUAGGCAUGGUUUAGAGAUACAAAUCAUGGAAUUUGGUCAAAUACCAAAACAAAUAUUUACUUUACCACAUCCAAAACGUUCUGCGUUUAUUUUGGAUAAAUUGUAUACUGAAAUUGUUUCAACGUCAUUUAAAAGCGGAAUAGAGAAUCCUGCAGAGACUUUUGAACUACAUGAAUUAAUAAUGUUUCAAUCUCAUAAAGAAAGUGUAAGUAGCAUUAUUAUAACGAAUAAAGAAGAAAUUAAUGAAAUAAUAUCGGUUGGACAAGAUGGAAUGCUUAAACUAUAUAGUAUAAAAAAUAAAAAAUUAAUGCGUAAUGUAUCUUUGUCAUCAUUACCACUUUCCUCUUGCAUAUCAUACUACACAUCUUCUCGUCGCAAUAUAUUAGUUGCUGGAUCUUGGGACAAUUCACUAAUAUUUUAUGACAUUGAGUUUGGCAGAGUAAUAGAUAUAUUACAAGGACAUGAAGAUGCUGUUUCUUGUUUAGCAUUAAGUUCUACCCGUCAAAUUAUUAUUUCUGGUUCAUGGGAUUGUACAGCAAAAGUUUGGAAAAGUUAUUCUUCUGGAACGAAAAUUAAACCAGCUGAGUGCCUUAUUGUACAACUAGAUCAUGAUUCUAAAGUAACUUGCAUCAGUAUAUCAAAAGACGAAACAUUAUUAGUAUCUGGUACAGAAGAUGGAGAAAUUUUUUUGUGGAAUAUGGAUACAUAUAAUUUACAGUUUACUGCAAAAGCUCAUACUUGUAAAAUUAAUGCAAUGGUAUUUGAUCAAGAAGGGAAAAGCAUAAUAUCAUGUGCAGAAGAUAAAGUACUAAAUAUAAUUGAUGUUUAUACAAGUACACAGAUUUAUCGUACUACUUUAGAGCAUGUACCUCUAACACUAACAUGGUUCAAAACCUUUUUAUUAGUAGGAGAUAGCAAUGGUAAUAUUAAUGUCUGGAACCGCCAUGGUGCAAUUUUUAUUACACAAAUACAUUGCCAUGAUGGGCCAAUUAAUACAUUAUCAGUAUCAACAGAAAAUAGUAUAGUUUUAACUGGUGGAAGAGAUAAGAAGAUAAUUGUAUGGGAUUGUAAAAAUGUAUGA